UUUUCUCAUUAUUUCUUAUUUUGAUAUAUAUUUCAACAUGGAGUAUGAAAAACCAUCAAGUCCUUUGAACGAUCCAUCACCGACACCAUUUGUAUCUAACAAACCCAACAAAUUAGUGGCAGCCAAACUUCACAAAGUAUUGAAUGCUUCGAUCGCCGAUGAUACCCGUAUCAAAUCAGCUCUAUCAGCUUUAUCGGAUAUACCUGACCUGGAUGAAACUGAACUACGACGUAAUUUACGUGGUACCAUUGAAAAAAAAGAAAUAGCUACCAAUCAAAAAUUUAUGGACGCGUUUUCCGUUGUGGUCAAGCAAUUAGAACAUUUGGAAACGGAAAUGAAAGAUAUGCAAGCGUCUUGUACUCAGAUGAGGGGCAAGUUGGAUGAUGUUGCAGUUGAAACAGCAAAGAUGAUCAAAGAAACAAGCAAUUAUCAAGAUCAAAGUGAAGCUUGUGAUACGAGAAUCAUGGUGGCGGAUCGAUUCCUUGAAAAAUUCACCUUGAAUCAAGAUGAAAUUCAUUGCUUGACUUCUUCAACAACUCCUGUGGACAACACCUUCUUUGAAGCCUUGACCCAUUUACAACAAAUUCACAGUGAUUGUAAAUUACUUCUCAUGACAGCUCAUCAGCGAGCAGGUUUACAAAUCAUGGAGUCCAUGUCACUUUAUCAAGAAUCAGCGUACGAUAAAUUAUAUCGAUGGACUCAAUUUGAAAGCCGAUCUUCCUUUGGUGGUGAUAGUAUUGAUGUUAGUACAUUGAUGACCAAGGCAUUAUAUUCUCUUAGGCAUCGUCCUGUUCUUUUUCAAACGAUUCUAGAUGAAUUGGCUAUGGCUCGAAGAGAUGCAGUGGCUCGUGCUUUUAUGACAGCGUUGACUCGUGGAGGACCAGGAGGUACACCAAGACCCAUUGAACUUCAAGCACAUGAUUCAUUAAGAUAUGUUGGGGAUAUGUUGGCAUGGGUUCAUCAAGCAUGUGCUGGCGAAAAAGAAAUGUUAGAAGGUCUAUUUCAUCGAAAUUCUGCAAAUACUGAAGAUGAUUAUCAAGGUGUUUCGGUGGCAAUGAUCAAUGAUGCUGUGGAUGAUUUAUUAGAUGCAGCAAUGGAAGGAACAUGUCGACCGUUGAAAACUCGAAUGGAGCAAGUACUAGUAUUACAACCAAAUGCUAUCACAUCUUACAAAAUGGCUAACCUGAUACAAUUUUAUGCAAUCACCAUGGGUCGUCUAUUAAGGAAAAAUUCUGUGUUGGCGAAAACCCUUUAUGAGAACACUGAAAUGGCAUACAAGUACUUUUUCAAAACAUUGAAUGCGCAAUCGCAACGAUUACUCCAAAAUGUUGAACCUCCAUCCAAGGAUUUGACGGUGGCACCGGUAGUGCGAGACAUGACUGCACAAUUGAAAGAAAUAUUGGCCUCUUAUGACUCUUCAUUGGUGAUGGCUACGCAACCGGUGAACGAUCUUCCAGAAUUUGAUUUUGGUGAAAUUUUGGAUGCUAUUGUUGAACCUCUGUUACAAAUGUGUGAAGCUUCAGUGGAAAAACUAAACAAAGUGGAUAAUCAUAUCUAUAUGAUCAAUUGUAUUCAUUAUAUCCAAUCUACCAUGACCAUGUAUAGUUUCACGGAAAAAAAACGUCAAGCAUUAAGUGAACAGACCGACGAACGUUUGGAUUUGCUGGCAAACGAACAAUGUCGUGAUCUUUUACAACAAUCAGGAUUGUCCAAGAUUGAUCAAGCAUUGAAGACUAAGGAAAAAGAGGUGCCUUUAUCUUCAUUACCCAAUAUGAACGCUCAAUCACUGAAGAAUACAUUAUCGAAACUUGAUUCAUUCCUUGUGAUGGCUAGUGCGGAUGUGUCACCCCAGUUACAACACUUAGCAACCAGCGAACAUUGCCAAAAGGUGCAGGAUAAGGCCAUUCAUUUGCUAUUGGAUACAUAUCGAAGGAUUAGUGAAGCUGUACAGGAUCCGGCAAAUGGGUACGGUGUAGACCCUCAUCUUAUUUUACCAAGAACUGUGGAAGACAUGGAGGCCAUUUUUUCUUUUGCUCUUUAGAUUAACACUUUAUUAUUCACAUAAAAAAAUAAACUGUCAUUUAUCAUGUUUUC